GACUGCGUCGUGUUGUUGAUGAAUUUUACUCCAAUUUACUUCUAGUUCUAGUUAGUAAAGAAGUCCCAAAUAAGUUUAAAAAAUGAACUAAUGUUGCGUGGCAACACGGCAAAUAGAGCAGAUGGUAAACGUAGUGGAACUCCCACCACACAGUGACGCUUUAGGCCAACCGCAAUUUAUUGGCUACUUAAUGUCCCUUGGAACUGAUUGUUUGUGCAUUGUGGGGGAAUACAAGAAAGCAAGAAUAAGAACGAAGAAAUUACAGUGAGCAUUUUUAGGCUUAAUAUUCAGAGCGUACAGGGGCUAACCACAGAUUGUGGCUUUACCGCGCGCCCUGUUUUCAAGGUUCCCGUGUGAGUGGGCACGAUAGCAAAAAAUCACGUGCAGUAAAAGAAAAAAAUAAAAUAAUCAUAGAUCAGCACACUGGCUAACAACGCUUCCGUUGAUAGUUAGAAUUAUCCAAAGGCUGUCGAUUCAACAAAAAAGUGCAGAGUUUCAAGUGUUAUUGUGUUCCACAUCACUAUAUGUUUCUUAUAAUUGAACAAUCAAGUGGAAUGAAAGUUACUCCAAUUAUCAGAGGUUGGAACUUGUGCUGCAACAUACAUCAUUUUUCCACCUACUCGAGGUUUUGGACCAUACGGACCCACCAUUAUGGUAUGGCACAAAUUUCACGAAAGGAGGAGAACGUGCCUCUAGAGCCGACCUACUGAAACCUGAUGGUACCACGGGAAUAGAGGCCAUCGGAUCUACCGAGAAUCUUCGAGGGAAGGUUUCUUUCCAUCAAGGUGGCUGCAGAGAUCCGUAUGCGAGAACCAGUUGAAGAGACACGUUGGCCUUUCGGACGAGAGUAGACUAUAGAGUAUCGGACCAUCAUCCACGGCCCAUUCACACGUGCAUAUGUGAAGAUCUUGCAAUUACGCCCUCUGCGCCAGCAUCGGUGCUCAGGACUGAAAGUAGGCAUUACGUACGUGUGCCCCUCUCGGCAGCGCUUCUGCCGAGGAGCUCUGGUGAUCUCGGGAACAGAAGACUUUAACACCCGCUGUUACAGUAGUUCCAGUCGCUGAACGUCACGCACCAUUGACACACUUCUGUCGGUUCGAGCAGCUGUCAUUGCCAGCAUAAAAUUUCUGAACAGAUCAUGCAGCUAACUUCCAAAUUGUUUCUCAUUUUAAUGAUGCGGGAAAUUACAUCCUUCAUCAUCUUGCAAGGCAUCGAGACAAAAAACCCCAUAACCAACGAGACAAUGUACGCUGACUAUCCGUACCUUCGGGAGCUGAACAUGAGCAACCAAAGGACCUUUGAAUUUCCCGUGGAAAAGGUUCUUCUUAUUCACCAAAGCCUUUCGGCAUACAUUUGCAAUAACUGUGGAGUGAAGUCAAUCUAUAACGAAACAUUUUCGAAAUUGCCGCAACUUACGUUGAUAGAGUUGAAAAAUAAUUCCAUGGAAUACGUGCACCCUGAUGCUUUUAUGCAUAACAGCCGAUUGGAUAAAAUUGAUUUUUCCGGAAACAAACUGGUCACAUUGAACCCCGAGGCCACCCUACGGCAUAUUUCCUCCUUAUCGAUAGUAAACUUCAGCCAAAAUCCGCGGAUGGACAUAAACAAAGUGAAACUGGCAAGCGAUAGACUAAUGAUUUUGAGCUGUAAUAACUGUGCAACGACCUUCCUGGACCGAAACACAUUCGCCGAUAUGCCGAGAAUUUCGCAGAUCAAUUUGAAGGAGAACUUACUUGAGCAAAUAUUCUAUGAUGCGUUCGAGUCAUUGGAAUAUGCGAAAAGUUUGAACAUCGAUGGAAAUCACAAUUUGCAAAUCAUGAGCUUCGCGUCCAAAACGCUGAAAAGGCUGAGCGCCGAGAACUGCUCUCUGGAAGGGACGCUGCAGACUUCCAAUUUGCCUGCCUUGAAAAUCGUCAAUGUGCGGGGAAACCGACUAACACAUCUAGACGAGCUAGGGCUCGUGGCAAACCAGAGAAUUACAAGUAUGCUACUCGAUGAUAACGAAUUUGAGAGAAUCCCUUACGAGCUCAUGAAGAUGCCGCAGCUUGAGCGAUUGUGCCUGGAUCGAAAUCUUCUCCAGCCAUAUAAGCACACCCAGGAAGCACUAACGGUAUACAGAAUGAGAGCUUUACGCCAGAACUGCACCCUUAAUGAUGAUUUUUCUCACUACUUUGAGUACCAUCUUCCGAGUGACAAUGGCAUUGCCGUGUAUAGAAAGAAUCCGGUGCACAGUGUCGCCAACAAUGGUUCCACGAUAGACUUGUCUGGAAGGAAUAUUGUUUUUAUUGAAUACGAUUAUCUCAUGGACCAUGAGAAAGCAAAGGAACUAAUUUUCAAUAACAAUCAUAAGUUUGAUUUCAAGGAAUGGAUGGUUUUUCUCGAGAGCCUUACAAUCGAAGUUCUCUUAAUGAUGAACUGUGCAAUCACUUCUAUCUACGAUAGUACAUUUAAAAAAUUACAUAAUCUGAAAUCGGUGCAUCUUCAAGGCAACAAACUUCAGGCACUGCACAGUAACUUACUUUUCAUGCAUAACCCUCAAUUAACCUACAUCAAUUUGGCAAAAAAUGAACUUGAUUUCAUAUCGGAUACGGUAUUUCAAUACUCACACAAGUUGGAAACGCUCAUUUUGGAUCAAAAUACAAAGCUGACCAACACUGCCUUGCCUAGUUUUCCUCACAUAAACUCAUUGCGUCACCUAAGCUGUGUAAACUGUGCCUUUGAACAGUUGAACAGCCAGACAUUUAAGUUGUUGCCAAACUUGUGCACUUUGAACCUGCAGAAAAAUCCCUUGAAAUCCUUCGACGUCAGUAUGCUAGACCAUCUGGAAACCUUUUGUGUAGACGACACAUUCCUUGAUGUCGCACUUUUGAAUGAACUUGAAUAUAUGAUUCCUUUAGUGACUGAACUGGAGCACCUCUGUGAAGAGCAUAAACUAUCUGAACGGUUAAGAAGAAAUUAUAACAGUAAGUCGAUUAUAGUUUUGGCAAAGAUGAGCGCCAAUAAGGGUGGAAUAUCGAAAAGCACUUUUCAGAUUUCAGCGGGCUCAGGAACCAGCGUUAAAAUUCUUUUACUUAUGGUGUCGCUGGUGUUUGCAUGCCAUUGUUAUGUUAAUUUGGCUGUACGAAUAAUUCAUUCCAAAAUCAAAGUCGUGUAAAUGCAUGUUAAAAUGUUUUGAUGUACAUGUACACAGCAGAAGAAAGUGGUCGAUGGAGAAAUCUA